AUGAAUUUUAACAGAUAGGAAUUACUUAAUUUGUAAAAUAGAAUAUUUAAUCGUCCUAAGAGAUUGAAUUCUGUCUAUGUAGCACCAACUUUGGAUGAUAUUGGAAUAUUAGCAGAAUUACCUAAUAAUAAGGUAUCAAAUUUAGGAUUCAAAUAAUAAAGUGCAUUAAGAACUUAACUAAAAAAAUAUAGAAAUUUAUUUCUAUAUGAUAAGAAGUUAUUUAGAAAUAGAAAAGAAUCUAAAGACUUUAAAGAAAAUGCAGAAAAUAAAGGAUCAAUUCAUUAUAUUAAUAGUUCUAAAUAAUCUUCAUAACCUCUUUGGGAAGAUGAUAUGAAAAUAACUAAAUUGAGUAUUAUGAAAUCAGAAAUAUUACGUAAUAAAAUUCCAGAUAUCCCAAAACAUAUUAAUAAUAAUUCCUAAUAAAAUUGUCCUAGAAGAUUAUCUCAUAUCAAUCCAGAACCAAUCUAAUUUAAAAAUUUAGUAGUAUUACCUUCUAUUAGAGGUUGGGAUAAUAACAACUAAAACUCUUAGAGAUCAAACUGA